AUGAGCCGACGCGACGACUUCAUCCAGGGCGAGGCCGAGCUUGGCUCCGAGGAGGACGACGAGUCCUUUGAUGGCGAGGAGGACGAGGACGAGGAUGAGAGCCAGUCCCGGAGACGAGAGCGGCCGUCGCGCAUUGAAGACUCGAGCGAGGAGGAAGACGACGACGACGACGAGGAAGAGGCCGCCAAGAUCCGCGAAGGCUUUAUCGUCGACGAGAGCGAAGAGGACGACGACGAUGGCGACGACGACACCGGCCGCGAACGCAAACGCCGCAAGAAGCGGCGGCGGGCCGAGCGCGAAGAGGAGGCCCAGCUCGACGAGGAGGAUCUGGACCUGAUUGGCGAGUCACGCCCCGACUGGGAGCGCCAGGCCGCGGCGCAGCCCAAGUUCAAGCGGCUCAAGCGCGGCCACCGCGACGAGGACGGCCCACGCAGCGAGCGGCCCGACCUGGCCAAGAUCUUUUCCGACGAAGAGGACGACGACGACGACGACGCCGCCGCCGCCGGCCGCUAUGCGCGCCCGGCCCACCGCGGCGUUGACGAGAUGGACGACUUCAUCGAGGAGGACUUCCCCGAGGACGAGGACGAGCGCCUGCGGCGCCAGGAGGACCUGGAGGUGGCCCGCCCGCGCGAGCGGUUCAUUGGCGGCGUCAUCGACACCACGGGCCUCGACAAGGACGCCCUCGACGACAUGGACAAGAUCUUCGGCGACGGCGGCGACUACGCGUGGGUCUUUGAGAUUGAGGACGAGGAGGAGGACCGCGACCUCGGCGAGCAGGGCAUCGAGCUCAAGGACGUCUUCGAGCCGUCCCAGCUGCAGGAGAAGCUCAUGACCGACAGCGACAACGCCAUCCGCUACACCGACGAGCCCGAGCGCUUCCAGAUCGACCGCAAGCCCUUCCGCAACCUGCAAAUCACCCCCGAGCAGUUCAAGGAGGAGGCCCGCUGGGUCAUCAACCUCAUGUGGCCCACCAAGCUGCUGCCCCAGAGCCUGCACGAGCCCUUUAGCAAGGCCGUGGGCAAAGUCCUCGAGUUCUUCGUCGUGGACGACGUCGAAGUCCCCUACGUCUUCCAGCACCGCAAGGACUACCUGAUCCACGCCAAGCCGCGCCGCAGCGGCCGCGACGACCGUGACGACCGCGACGACGGCGGCGACUACGACGUCAGCGCCGAGAAGCUGCUCAACCAGGACGACCUGUGGCGCAUCCUCGAGCUCGACAUCCGCUUCCGCUCGCUCAUCGAGAAGCGCAACUCGCUCGACAAGACCUACGACAGCCUGCGCGCCUCGUCCCACCGCGUCGACGACCCCGUCUUCGAGGCCCUCGUCGGUCAGGCCUCCACCAUGGAGGAGCUGCAGGAGCUGCAGGACUACCUCAACUUCCAGUACGCCGCCCAGCUGCGCGAGCUGGCGGCCGAGAGCAGCGCAGCCAACGGAAAGGCGGGUGACAAGGACCACAGCAACGGCGCCGCCGCCGCCGCCGUCGUCACCAAGCGGCCCGGCGCCAAGUCCACGACCCUCUUUGAGCGCACCCGCAAGGCCAAGGCCCACGCCUUCACCGCCGCCUACGGCAUCUCCGUCGACCGCCUCGCCCAGAACGCCCUGCGCAUUAGCAAGAAAACGUCCGCCGAGGACCCCGCCAAGCUCCCCGUCGACCUCGCCGACAGCCUGACCGACGACACCUACGCCACCGCCGACGCCGUCAUCCAGGCCGCCCGCGCGCUGUACGCCGAGGAGCUCUACGUCAGCCCGCGCCUGCGCAAGCACUUCCGCGUCGCCUACUACCAGAACGGCCUGGUCAGCUGCCACCGCACCGACAAGGGCCUGCGCCGCAUCGACGAGGCCCACCCCUUUUACGAGAUCAAGUACCUCAUCAACCAGACCCUCGCCGACAUGGCGCGCCGCCCGGACGUGUUCCUGAAGAUGAUGAGGGCCGAGGAGGACGGGCUGGUCGAGGUCCGCCUGGUCCUGCAGAACGAGCGCGAGUUCCGCCGCCAGCUCUACACCGAGUUUGCCUCGGACAACUUCAGCGAGCUCGCCGACGCCUGGAACGACGAGCGCCAAAAGGUGCUCGACCUGGCCUUCCCCAAGCUCGACAAGAUCAUCGCCAAGGGCGUCAAGGACUCGCUGCGCACCGCCUGCCAAGACGAGGUCCUCAAGACCUGCCGCGACGAGUACUCCAAGCGCCUCGACCAGGCGCCCUUCAAGCCCAAGGGCCUCGUGCUCGGCACGCCGCCCCGCGUCCUGACGCUGUCCAACGGCAGGGGCGACCCGUCGCGCGAGCCCGUGUUUUGGACCUGGGUCGAGGAGGACGGCCGCGUGCUCGAGCACGGCCGCUUCGGCAACCUGGCCCGCGACGAGGCGCAGCGGGAGGCCUUUGCCGAGGUCGUCAAGCGCCGGCGGCCCGACGUCGUCGGCGUCAGCGGCUUCUCGGCCGACACGCACAAGCUCCUCAAAGACCUCGAGAGCCUCAUCAGCGAAAAGGGCCUCAUGGGCCCCGAGUACGACGACCCCGAGACCAACGACUACCGCAGCGAUCUGCUCGAGGUCGUCGUCGUCAACGACGAGGUCGCCCGCCUCUACAAGGACAGCCCGCGCGCCGUCGCCGAGCACCCGUCCCUCAACUCCAUGCUGCGCUACUGCGUCGCCCUCGCCCGCUACCUGCAGAACCCCAUGAAGGAGUACGCCGCCCUCGGCAAGGACGUGCAGUCGCUCGUCUUCCACCCGUGCCAGCACCUGCUGCCCGCCGAGCGCCUGGCCAAGGCCCUCGAGUCCGCCAUGGUCGACAUGGUCAACCUCUGCGGCGUCGACAUCAACGAGGCCGUCAGCGACGCCUACACCGCCAACCUGCUGCCGUACGUGUCCGGCCUGGGCCCGCGCAAGGCCACGGCCGUCAUCAAGGGCAUCAACGCCAACGGCGGCUCGGUGACGUCGCGCGACGAGCUGGUCGGCGACCCGGACAGCGGAAAGCUGGCCGUCGUGGGCCCGCGCGUCUGGAACAACUGCGCCAGCUUCCUGUACAUUGAGUACGACAGCUCCAACUUGCUGUCCGACCCGCUCGACAACACGCGCGUGCACCCCGAAGACUACGAGCUGGGCCGCAAGAUGGCGGCGGACGCGCUCGAGCUCGACGAGGAGGACGUCAAGGCCGAGGUCGACGACAACGGGCCCGGCGCCAUCGUGCGCAAGCUCUUCAAGGAGGAGGAGCAGGAGAAGGUCAACGAGCUGAUCCUCGAGGAGUACGCCGAGCAGCUGGUGAUGAAGUACAACCAGCGCAAGCGCGCGACGCUCGAGACGAUCCGCGCCGAGCUGCAGGCCCCCUAUGAAGAGCUGCGGCACAAGUUUAUGACGCUGCCGCCGGACGUCGUCUUCACCAUGUUCACGGGCGAGACCAAGGACUCGCUGUGCGAGGGCAUGAUCGUCCCCGUCUACGUGCGCGUGGUCAAGGACGACUUUGCCAUUGUGAAGCUGGACUGCGGCAUGGAGGGCCGCAUCGAGGCGCACGAGGCGCCCCUGUCGUCGCGCGGCGGCGGCAGCGGCCUGCGCGAUGCCCUGCGCGUCGGCCAGACGGCGCAGGCCAAGCUGCUCGAGCUCAACCGCAAGGACUUUAUCGGCAAGCUGUCGGUGCGCGAAGACGCGCUGCGGCGGCCCUUCCGCAAGUUUGUGGACCACGAGCGCGGCACGUGGGACUUCCGCCAGGAAGACCAGGACCGCGAGGACCUCAAGGAAAAGGACAAGACCACGGGCCGCACCCAGCGCGUCAUCAAGCACCCGCUGUUCCGGCCCUUCAACGCCACGCAGGCCGAGGAGUACCUGGGCUCGCAGGCCGUCGGCGACAUGGUCAUCCGCCCGUCGUCGCGCGGCAACGACCACCUCGUCGUGACGUGGAAGGUCGCCGACGGCGUCUACGAGCACAUUGACGUGCUGGAGCUGCAAAAGGACAACGAGUUCUCCGUCGGCCGGCUGCUGCGCAUUGGCGGCAAGUACUCGUACACGGACCUCGACGAGCUGAUUGUCGAGCACGUCAAGGCCAUGGCCAAGAAGGUCGGCGAGAUGACGCGCAACGAAAAGUUCCAGCCCGGCACACGUGCCGAUACAGAAAAAUGGCUUACCACCUACAUGGACGCCAACCCCAACCGGUCGUCGUACGCCUUCUGCACCGACACCAAGCAUCCCGGCUACUUCUUCUUGUGCUUCAAGGUCAACCGCAACACGCGCGUCAACUUCUGGCCGGUCCGCGUCAUCCCCAAGGGCUUCGAGAUGCUCAAGGUCGCCUACCCCGACAUGCGCGCCCUCACCAACGGCUUCAAGAUGCGCUACCAAAACGAGAUUCUCAAGAUGCAGCAAAAUGGUGGACGGUGA